CCCCUCAACAGAGCCUUCCCUCUUUCGAUGACAAGGAGUGAGCUUGCAGGAAGAGAUCAGUGGGAGGUGUCCCGGCAGUUUGCCUUCCCUUUAUCUUGCGCACACAUGUGGGGAAAUAUCUGGAAAUGUUUGCUGCUUGGUUGCAAACACUCCUGGACUGACUGGCAGCCUAGAACGGUCUUCUCUCAUGCUGCAAGGCCAGCGGGAACCGCUCUGCAAAAAGAUGGAAAUGAGCCACUGGAUUCUCUUCCUUUCCCUCCUUGGCUUUCUCCCCCUUGGCAUGUCCUCCUGUCCCAAGCUGUGCCGUUGCAGCUCCAGUAUCAUUGACUGCACCUCACAGGAUCUGACUGAGGAAUCCCUCCCUGCUUCCUUCAGUCCCUCGACUAGUAUUAUCUUCCUGAACGACAACAAGCUCUCCUUCAUUCCCAACGGGCUCUUUGACAACCUGAAGAGCCUUGAAAUGGUCCACCUGUGGCAAAACCCGUGGGAGUGCGACUGCGACAUCCUCUACCUGCGUUCGUGGCUUCAGUGGCAGCAGAACCGGACUCUCUAUAGAAGUGUGACAUGCGUGUCCCCAGCUCACCUGCAGGGCAGGAUCAUUGCGUACCUGUCAGAGGAGGAGAUCAUCACCACCUGCCAGUACUGGUAUUGCAGCUUGGCCUUCCUCUUCCAGCUCUGCCUCUUUGUCCUCAUCCUCAUCCAGGUUGUCCUGGCCUUCCUCGUUAUCAUUUACCUGCGACGGUUCCAGAAAAUUGCCAAGAAGCCAGAAGCGUAGCCACUGAGAUGCACCAGCAUGUAGACACAUAGGCACCCUCUUACUAGAAUAGAGCACUGAUGGACAUCACAAGGGGCUUCAGUCCUCAUGCACCUGGGGAGAAGCAUCAGUGAAAUCGUCUGGCUCAUGAUGCUGAGAGGCAGCCAUUUUCUGAGCACCUGGGCCUUGUUUAAAGCAGGACUUGGGACCAUAUUGACCAUUGCCUUGUUCCAGUGUAGCUCAUGGUUCAUAUCUUGAACUCCUCCAAAUGGAUAACUCAGGAUCGGGACCAGAGAAAUGUGGGUGUGUACAGAAGUGCUCCAUGCAUGUUUUACAGCGCUGUAAUUUAGGGCACUUUUUAUAGCACUGUGAAGUUACAGCACUCUUAAACAUGAGAGAUUUGCAGUGUUUGGGGCAGUCUCUGAGCCUCCCUGCACCUUCCAGGCUAGGAGGCAGGGGGCGGUCCACAGUCUCCACUGGUCAGAAAUUUAAAGAAGUUAUUUAAAGUACUAAUAGAAGGGUUAAUGUAAAAUGAUGUAUCCAUUUUUAAAGUGCUGUAAAGCCCUGCACUUCUGUUAAGUCACAGCAAUAAAGUAUUUUGAAUG